ACGUCUGUCCCGGCAGAGACUCAUCAGCUCAGUCUGACAGCCAGCUCGUGUUUUCAUCAGGUACCACCUACAGAGGGUGAGAGUGUAAAUGAUCAGGAUGUUAACUAGGAGCUGUAAUCACUGGGAUCGGUCAGCUGGAAUAUCGUGGGGCUCAGUGGUUCCUGAUUGGUUUAUUGUGAAGAGUGGGGCAACUGGAGACAUUGGAUACUCUGAAGAGAGACAGCACGGGGUAAUGGGAUUGACGGUCACUGUACAGAGAGCUCACAGUGAUUCAGAUUCCUGUGCUGACAUUACUUUGCGAGAGCUGGGUGGGGGUACUGAAUGGGAGUUGGGAAGAUUGACUGCAGCUCCUGUUUAUCAUGCAGGGUUCGUGCUCCUGCAGUCGGAACGCUGGCUGCCGCUCUGUCUGGGAAUCCUGCUCCUGGGCACAGCUCACACCAUCGUCUCGGUGAAAGGGAGUCACUUGGCUAGUCACAGCUCGCUCAGCCAAUCCCGCUCCUGGAACAAGCUGUGGGCCGUGCUGUUUAUCGAGGUAAGGCAAGCUGUGUGAUUAAAACAGACAACGAGGAGCCACCCCUAACAUAGUAACAGGAGGAGGCCAUUCAGUCCCUCAAGUCAGCUCCACUACUCAAGUAGAGUGAGAAAAAACUGCAGAUGCUGGAAUCCAUAAGGAGACAAACAGGAACCUGGUAAAACACAGCAAGUACGGCAGCUGCCUGGCUUCCUGGACAGCCUCCUGUUCCGCUACUCAGUUAGAAUGAUACUGAUUCCUCACUUAACUCCAUCCAGCUGCCUGCUAUCCCUGAUAAUCCAAUUGGGUGAUCAGGAAAAUUCUCUGAAGAUUGACUGCAAAACCUGUUGGGCACUCAUUCUCUCUAACUCUUC